CGCUUCUUAUGUCAACACUUUGAACGAGGCCGCGACAAUCGAUUAGGGGAAGUGCACGCACAGCCAAACAAAAGCGCUGCCUACUUCCUAAUAAAUCGCUGCCGUGUUUUUAGACUUCGACGCUUCUACAAAAGCCUUGCAUACCGUCUUAUAAAGCUUUGCUUCACCGCGUUGCCGACACAGCGAAGUUAACGCACGGUUCAAGGCAACUGUAUACCGUUUGUGGUACGUUACUCUUUGGUUCUGUCAAUAUUUAAGCAGUUCAAAACUCCAUAUAUAAUACCAUAUAUAUUACUCAUAGUGAUACCAUAUCAGAAAUUCUGAGAGAGAUACUGUUUGAAGCUUGGCUAGCUCUAUUGACUAACACGGAACAUUACAGGAAGAUUAAUUACAAGGCAAAGGAAACUCUUUCUGGUAAGUAUAUUAUGGUUUGUGAACUUUGCUCCGAAUAUCAGUGAGCAGCUAGCAUUCUUCCAGAACUUUAUAUAUAGACCUAUACAUACACCAGUCCGUCGUAUACUCGGACGGUUCAACAUUAUAUGCUAUCUUGUUAGAAACGAUAUGUUUGCUGUUCAUGAUUGAACAUUAUCAGUUUGUUCGUAAUCCUGGAAGAUGUGGGAUCGGGUUUGAUUAAAAAUUUUCAUCCAACAGGCAACACCGUCCAAUGUUGUACGAUAGAAUACUUUGAACGAUCUUUAAUUCCUAGCAUAAUAUUGUCAUAAUAUAUAUAGAAGUAUAGUUUAUUUGCUUUGGUUUAUUUAAUACUCCGACACACAACCGACCAUGGCAAAACCAGCCUAUAAUAUACAUACAGAAUAGCUAAAUGCGAAGCUACCGCGUAUAUUCUAAAUAUCUAAAGACAGUAAAGUGCUAGAAUUAUUUCCAGAACUUAAAAUAUAUAAUUCCUAAUAUAAUAUUGUCUUUAAAGGAGGCCUUCAUUCUAUAUUGGCUUAUAUAUAGUAUAUAUAGUAUAGGAUGAUACAGAAUUUAUUGUAUUUAUAUAGGAAGCGAAUCGAACCAUGCCGAGACCUCUACGGAACAGCUAUGGUAAUGCGAAGCCACCUUAUAGUUAUAUCUCGCUGACUGCAAUGGCCAUUCAAAGCUCGGCAAGAAAGAUGUUAUCCCUGUCUGAAAUCUAUCAAUUUAUCAUCGAUCAUUUUCCAUUUUAUCGCGAGAACCAGCAGCGAUGGCAGAACUCCCUAAGACACAACCUUUCUUUCAACGAUUGCUUUAUAAAAAUCCCUCGUAGACCCGACCAGCCUGGUAAAGGAAGCUAUUGGUCGCUUCAUCCUGAUUGCGGAGCUAUGUUUGAGAACGGUAGUUUCUUAAGAAGGCGGAAACGCUUCAAAAGCAUCAGAAAAAGCUACGGUGCAAUGGGCAAGGUAGCGACAACGCAGCACCACCAUCAAAAAUCCGCGCAAUUACAAACGAACCUAAAGGACGUUGACUCGGAAUCGAAAAACGAUACCAGCCCCAGACAUCCGUUCGCUAUCGAAAGCAUAAUCGGUUCAACUGAAAAACAUCUCGCAAGUAUGAACAGUACGGAGAGUUUCUCGCCUUUGCCUCUCUCUAAUAUAAACCACACAAUGUCCACGCCUUGUGGUGCGUAUUCUACUUCGCUGACGACAAACGCUGUUAAUACUAGCUCGCUCUAUCAUCAAACCGAUCUUUGGAAGAUGCCGGCAAACACAACAUACUUGCCGCCAAAUGUCAACUUGCCCGUUCAGAACACUUGUACAGAUUUCUUGCGCGAGUCAAUGUACUAUCCACAAGUUCGACCUUCGUUUGCGCCGUUGCCUGGUAAUUUAUGUCGGAACGGUAUGCUGUUUCACUAAUUCUUGGGCGACAAGACGAUAGAUCUACUAAAACACGAUCUGUACUAUAUAGGGCUGUCAGCGCGGGGGACGUUAGUUUAGGUAUAGAAACACUUCUAGGCUUAAAACGCUAAAAUUGAUGGGGUCAUUGAUAUAUCUUUGAAGAUUUGGGCGAAACUGUUGAUUUGGAUCGUUGAUAUUAAGUUGGGAAAAACAUAAAGACGGGGUUAUAGUGAUGCUGAAGGACACUAUAUUAUAGAGCUAUCUUUAACCGGAGAUUUCAGAUGUAGGAAUCAAAUAUGAAACUUUUAUUUUGAACCGACGUGCGGUGGAAGAAGGAGACGAUUUUGAUGCCUUAAAACUUGAAAGUUUUCUAUCCCAGCAAAGACGCGAUAUUUUCAUAUCAAAGUUGAAUUAUAGAAACUUCUGAUUAGACAUAUGUUAUUUCGAUUGGAUUUCGUUGACGCGUGUGGCGAUUUUAUCUGCAGUUUGAAAGAAACUCUGUGCUUCAACACGUUAAACUGUUUGCCGAUAAUAUCGAAGCUUGGAUGCAAGGGGAAAUGUGGACACAACAACUCCUAAAGGAUUGAAAGAGUUCGUUGUUGAAGGAAUAUUUCAUCAACAUCGAACUCAUGAACGUUUAUUAGAGCGACUAUAAUUGACAGACGUAUACGUGUUUUAGCUUUAGAACCAAAUAAAAAUUGAUAUUUUAGAGUUAGGGAGAAAUCUUUCCAAGUUUAUAGUAGCUAAAUGUCCUUCAAAAGAGAAGGACGAUUAUAUUGAUGAUUGUCGAGACCGAGAACCGCCAUCUCCUUUGGCUUUGUCGCCUUAACAUUCCUUAUAGUGCAUGUUACUGCGAAAAAGAACAAUUAUUUUAACACUGUAUCAGUGCGAAAAUAUACUUUUGGUCUUAUGGAAAGUAAAAUUUGAUUUAGGACAGUUGUUUAUAAGGAAGAACAAUGACAGUUGGGCAGGCGACAAUGACACUUGAAACACUUAGCUUUUUGCGCGAGGUGUUAAACACUUCAAGGAUGUGGCAUAGUUUUAAUAUUGUUAGUCUUGAUAUUGUUAGUUAUGGAUUCUAGGGAUUUCAUAUUAAAUAUAUAAGAGAAAAAAGA